UAACCGGCACCCUCGCGCCACGGCGCGAACCCGAUCUAGUUGGAUAAGAAGCAAGCGGCCAGGGAUAGCGAUCCCAUGCCAGCAUCCAUCCCCAAUCCCCACGACUGACGCGGGCGGCGACUGCCAUGGCCGGUCGGCCGUUUCUCCGGCAACUCGUGGAGAUACCACGACCCGGGUGGAGCGCUGCCGAGCCUCGCGUUGGAGGCCGGAGAAGGCUGCGCCAGAGGACUCCGGGGAGGGCGUGCCGGCCCGAUUGGGCACAGGCAAAGAUGCCCACGACCGGUCGACCGCACCACCGGCGGCAAGAGGAUCUCCCGUCCCGCUCGUCCUCGGAGUAGGAGUCACCGGGGAGGUGGGUGCCAGAUACGACGCCGUUGGAAGCGCCAUUCGCGAGCCCGAGCGCCGCUGGGCUCCAUGUGUCAGCGCCGGGGCCGGGUCGCCUCUGCGCCAGAUGCCCGUCGCUCGUGCGCCGGAUCACGCGGCCGAGGGCGGUCUCCCACCAUUGGACGCCGAUGAGGCGCCUUGCCGAUGGGGCCCGAGGGUUCGACCGCCGCCGUUCUUCGCGACGAGACUGUCCCUCAUAGAGGAAACAAAGGAUUCAUGGCCACAGCGCGCUGCAGAAACGUCGGUCCUGAGGGCGGCCGCAGUAGCGGGCACCACCACACCGACGAACACGCGAGCGAGCGAUGCUGUAGGGGGGAUCGUCGCGCAGAUGGAAUCGCUCCGCCGGGAGCGUGCUGAUAACGUGUUGAAAGGGAAAACAAGAGAACAAUCGAGAGAGCCUCGGCACAGAUGUAAAAGUGAAUAAGUGUCCUUUCAUUAGAUGAUUGUAGGUAUUUAUACAGGCAGAAGGGAUGCAUCCGUUCGGGAGAGAUGUCAGGAAUCGACGCGACAGUUGCCAACGCAAACUGGCUGCGGUUGGUACAAGGGGAGAUUCCCCCAUAAUUAACACAAGUUUAAUUGAGCUUUAACAAA